UCGAUCAAAAAUCCCUUUUUGUGUUCAUUGUCUCGAGUGUUUCGCGUUUUCGAUUUCUUCUUGGAAGAAAAUGGCUGAUCAAGAUUUCAUAUACAGAAUCAGUACGGAGCAAGAGUGGCAAGAGUUCCAGAAGAAUGGAUCUUCUUUUGGUGGUGAGCUCGAUAAGUCAACUGGUUGCUUUCAUCUCAGCAAACUCCAUCAGGUGCAAAUGACAUUGCAGAACUUCUUCUUGAACACUAAGGAAGAUCUUUACCUUCUUCAAAUCGAUCCUAAGAAGCUUGGAGAUGGAUUGAUCUAUGAAGCAGUGGAUGAUGUGAAUAGCUUCCCUCACUUCUACGGUCAGGGCAGAACUUUUGUUCCACUUCCUCUAGAUUCUGUCGUCAAAACUGAGAAGCUAACUUUCAUCAACGGCAACUUCACCUGCAGCUUCUUCACUUGAUGUAUCUAUCCCUUCUUCACUGUGGUUUUUAUGUAUUGCAUUGUUCACUUGAUGAUUAAACAGAGAGAAUUGUUACUAAUCUAAUUAACUAGCUCUCGCAUUGUUCA